UAGAGAGUGUAGGUUCAACGACUAGAGUGCCUCUACUUCUUUUCUCCAAUCACUGCCUCUUCUCACCUCCAGUCCCUCCUCCUCCUCUGUGCCUCUUGCUUUUUCUGCUUUUCGGUGGCUGUUUGGCUUCAGUGGGUCUUUGCCAUCGCUCUACAAUGACUGCUGUAGUUGUAGUCCUCCUGUAGUGAGCAUUCUGAGGUUAUGCUGCCCGAAAGUUCCCAGUUGAGUCUGAGUAAAAGAGAAAAGGGCUAAAGCCAGUGCACUUUAAAGCAUCUCCCACAAAUCUGACCAUAAGCAAUGAGUGACCCUCAGGAUGCCAAUGACGCCACUUCUGCCGCAGGCUUGACCAGACAUUUGCCUGUUGCAGUGCAGCCUCCUCCUCAGCGAUGUGAUGAUGAAGAUGAAGGGGACUUGAAUAAGACACUGGGAGUUCAGCGCUUCCAGCAGAUUCUCACACCGUCUCAGCGCGUGCCCAUAGAACAACACCGCACCUUCAACGAGGAGGACUUUGAGUAUCAUCGUCACACCUCUCUGCACGUCCACCACCCUCUGUCUAAACACCUCCCCGAUGGCCGGAGGAAAAAGCCCGGGAGGAAGAGGAAGGACUUGGGCCGGAGGAGGAGUUCCUCCAUGGGAGCAGCUCCGCCAAUAGAUGAGGAUGAUGAGGAUGAAGAAGCGGAUGAGGAUUCCUGCAGCCAGCAGGACAGAGAGGGCAACGUCACCACUACACCUACACCAGACACAGACACAGAGGACAGAGAGCGGGCACAGUUUUUUGUAUCAGAAGAUGAUCCCAAAAAGAAUGGUGGAGUCUCACCUCAUCGAAAAUCGUCAAUCACGUCCCAUUCAAAACUACACACCAGCAUCAGCAUCCCAGAAAAUGUGACCGCAGCCUCGGGCAGAAGUUGGGGUCGUAUUCCUCCCAAUGGCAGACGAGUGUCCGCACCCUGUUUGUUUCAAAGUGUGAGUUCGCCAGACGGCAGCUGUAAGACUGGCCGCAGUUAUGAUCUGCAGGAGCGCCGGCGCACAGGCAACAUGACCGGCGCCAUGCUGUCACACUACCAACAGAUGCCCACUGAUGAGAGCGAAGCAAAGACACUCGCUACUGUUGAUCUGGAUGGCAUUAAGAGUCACAGAUUUGAAGAUGUCCCAGGAGUGCGGCGGCACCUGGUUAAGAAGAGCGCUAAAGGUCAGGUGGUUCACAUUGGCAAGGACUACAAAGAGUUCAGCAGUCGUGUUCGGACCAAGCUGGAUCGAACUCCACAUGAGAGGCGAUCAUGGCCCUGUUACAUGGACCACAGGGUUCACCGUGCCCACCAGCUGAAGGUUUUUGUUGAGCUGAAUGAAUUACUGAUGGAUAAGAACCAGGAGAUGCAGUGGAAAGAAACUGCUCGUUGGAUAAAGUUUGAGGAGGAUGUUGAGGAGGAGACUGAACGCUGGGGGAAGCCUCAUGUGGCUUCACUCUCGUUCCGCAGCCUGCUGGAGCUCCGCAAGACCAUUUCACACGGUGCGGUGUUGCUAGAUCUGGACCAGAAGACCCUGCCUGGCAUUGCUCAUCAGGUUGUAGAGCAGAUGAUUAUCUCUGAUCAGAUCAGAGCACACGACAGAGCCAAUGUGCUGCGAGCCCUUCUCCUCAAACACAGUCAUCCUAGUGAUGGCAAGGAGCACAGCUUGUUUAACCGGAACAUUUCAGCAACCAGCCUUGGCUCUCUCAUCUCUCAUUAUCACAGCACUAAUCAUAUCGGUGCACCAGAGCUUCCUGCCACAGACCCUCUCAUUGGAGGACUCCGCAACUUUGAGUCACGCUGUAGUGUAGAUUAUUUAGAGAAGAACGAGAAAGACUCUCCACAGUUUUUUGCUUUGCACAAAACCAAAUCAAAACAUGAACUGAAGUUGCUUGAGAAGAUUCCAGAAGAUGCAGAAGCCACCGUUGUUCUUGUCGGCUGUGUGGAUUUCCUGGAUCAGCCCACCAUGGCUUUUGUGAGACUGAAGGAAGCGGUUCUGUUGGAGUCAGUUCUGGAAGUGCCGAUUCCAGUGCGGUUUCUGUUUGUGCUCCUCGGCCCACCGAGUGCUAACAUUGACUACCACCAAAUCGGCCGCUCCAUAUCAACACUUAUGUCUGAUAAACACUUCCAUGAGGCAGCGUAUUUAGCAGACGGACGCCAGGAUCUACUGACCGCCAUCAACAGCUUCCUGGACUGCAGUAUUGUGCUUCCUCCAUCUGAGGUUGGAGGAGACGAGCUGCUGCACUCCAUUGCCCGCUUCCAGAGAGAGAUGCUGCACAAGAGACACGAGCAGGAGGUCAAACUACAGGCCAAAGAGCCCAAGAGCCCAGAUGACAUUGCUCUACAACCUCCUCUGAAACCUGAAGAUGACCCUCUUCGGAGGACGGGGAGGCUGUUUGGUGGUGUUAUCCGAGAUGCACGGCGCCGAUACCCCAAAUACAUCAGUGAUUUUAAGGAUGCGCUGAGUCCUCAAUGCAUGGCUACUGUCAUAUUCAUUUACUUUGCUGCUCUUUCUCCUGCUGUCACCUUUGGAGGACUAUUGGGUGAGAAGACCGAUGGUUUGAUUGGUGUGUCAGAACUGAUCAUUUCCACUGCCGUUCAGGGAAUGUUAUUCUGUCUGCUUGGAGCUCAACCUCUGCUCAUCGUGGGCUUCUCUGGACCCCUGCUAGUGUUUGAAGAGGCCUUCUACUCAUUUUGCAAGUCCAAUGACCUCGAGUAUCUGACGGGCCGCAUGUGGAUUGGGAUGUGGUUGAUCAUCAUUGUGUUACUCACUGUAGCCUUUGAAGGGAGUUUCCUGGUGCGAUUUGUGUCACGCUUCACCCAAGAGAUCUUCUCCAUCCUCAUCUCUCUCAUCUUCAUCUACGAGACCUUCUUCAAGCUUGGCAAAAUCUUCAUGGAUCAUCCUCUGAGAAGCUGCUCCGGUCCAGAAGAAAAUGGCACGGCUUUACAAACAGGAUCCAAUGACAGCAGGUCUACAGGCGCUUCUCAAACACUAAACCAGCCCAACACGGCUCUCCUGUCCCUGGUGCUCACAUCAGGCACCUUCUUCAUUGCCUAUUAUUUGCGCAAAUUCAAGAACAGUGCUUUCUUCCCUGGCAGGCUGCGAAGGGCUAUUGGAGAUUUUGGAGUUCCUAUUGCAAUCUCCACCAUGGUCUUAUUGGACUACAGCAUAAAGGACACUUACACACAGAAACUAAAUGUGCCUGACGGCUUCUCAGUGACCAGCCCGGACAAGCGGGGUUGGCUGAUACACCCGCUGGGCUCUGAUGGCCAGUUUCCCAUUUGGAUGAUGGGUGCCAGCAUUUUACCAGCUCUGCUCGUCUACAUCCUCAUCUUCAUGGAGACUCAGAUCACCACUUUGAUAGUGAGUAAGAAGGAGAGGAUGCUGGUGAAGGGCUCCGGAUUUCACCUGGACCUGCUGAUCAUCGUGGUCUCUGGAGGGAUUGCAGCUCUGUUUGGUCUGCCGUGGUUGACCGGUGCCACCGUUCGCUCUGUAACUCAUGCAAACAGUCUAACGGUGAUGAGCAAAGCCGUCGCUCCUGGAGACAAACCACGCAUUCAGGAAGUAAAAGAGCAGAGAGUCACAGGGUUUCUGGUGGCUCUUCUAGUAGGCCUCUCCAUUGUGAUCGGAGAUCUGCUGCGGCAGGUUCCUAUCGCUGUGUUGUUUGGUAUUUUCCUCUAUAUGGGAGUGAUGUCUCUCAAUGGCAUCCAGCUAACAGAACGCAUGAUGCUGCUAUUCAUGCCACCGAAGUACCACCCCGACCACACAUACGUCCGCAAGGUGCGAACCCUCCGAAUGCAUCUGUUCACGUGUCUACAGCUGGUGUGUCUGGCUGUUUUGUGGAUUGUAAUGUCAACCGCGGCUUCCCUGGCCUUCCCGUUUGUCCUGGUCCUCACUGUGCCAUUCAGAAGGUUCCUGCUGUCCCGGAUAUUUUCUCACCGCGAGAUUCAAUGUCUUGAUGCAGACGACGCAGAGCCCACGUUUGAUGACAAAGAAGGUCAAGAUGAAUAUACAGAAAUGCAAAUGCCAGUAUGACCUCAUUCCUGGACUGACCUGACUUUCUUUACAGGUCCAAACUUACUGCCUGUCUUUCUUUUCUUUAAUCAAAAUGUUGUGUCGUUUUUGUUUCCCCCGUUGUGUUUCUGCUCAGCUGAUAGAAACGGUAUAUUUAUAGUUGUGUAAAAACGUUCAAUAGUCGCUCGCUGUCAUUUGUAUCUCUCCGUCUUUCUCACUUGUGCUAUUAAUAUUUGAUCUGUUUAUUUAUCAGUCCAAAUGUUCUAUGUUGUGUGUCUUGUGUAGGGUUAAAUGGAUAAAUUAAAUGAUGAUCUCACAUUAGCUCAAAAUGAUACAGGAAGCACUUUAAGAUCAGUUUUAAAACAAAUGAAGCCUUUUCUACUGCUUGUCAAUGUACUCCUAAAAAAUGAACAACUGUACAGAAGAAUAUUAAUGCAAAAUAUAUACAGUUGAAGUCAGAAUUAUUAGCCCCCUUUGAAUUUUUUCUUUUUUAAAUAUUUCCCAAAUUAUGUUUUAACAGAGCAAGGAAAUUUUCACAGUAUGUCUGAUAAUAUUUUUUCUUCUGGAGAAAGUCUUUUUUUUGGAGAAAGUUCUGGAGAAAGUUGUUUUACUUUGGCUAGAAUAAAAGCAGUUUUUAAUUAAAAAAAAAAACAUUUUAAGGUUAAUAUUAUUUAUUAAUAUUAGCCCCUUUAAGCUAUAUAUUUUUUUCGAUAGUCUACAGAACAAACUAUCAUUAUACAAUAACUUGCCUAAUGACCCUAACCUGCCUAGUUAACCUAAUUAACCUAGUUAAGCCCUUAAAUGUCACUUUAAGCUGUACAGAAGUUACCUGAAAAAUAUCUAGUCAAAUAUUAUUUACUGUCAUCAUGGCAAAGAUAAAAUAAAUCAGUUAUUAGAAAUGAGUUAUUAAAACUAUUAUGUUAAGAAAUGUGUUGAAAAAAGUCUUCUCUACGUUAAACAGAAAUUGGAGAAAAAAAUAAACAGGGGGGCUAAUAAUUCAGGGGGUUUAAUAAUUCUGACUUCAACUGUAUGUCAGAUAUUUUUGUAGCUAAAAGAAAAACAGAUUUAUUCUACAUUCAGCUCAAAUAUGUAGCAACUAGCAACAAAACACUUGUUGGAGAUAAAUGUUUUUUUUAUCUGUUAUGAUUUUUGUUGUUUCAAAUCUGUUGCAAUUCUAAAGCUACACUCAAAAAUAAAGGUACAAAAUCUGUCUGGGUGGUUGCUUCAGCAAUUUCCAAAAAUCAGAUUAAUUUUAUCAAACUAUUAGAAUGAUCAUAUUUUAUCCCUAACCUACUGAAGAACAAAAUAGUUAUUAGCAACAUUGUUAACAUGUUAAUAAUAAACAUUAAAAAACAACAUGCAAAUAAAAAGCAUCAGCCUUUCAAUUUUUUUUUGCCUCCCCUGGGGUGAUUACGUGAUGUUUUAUAAACAAAUUUCCAGAGGAGCACGAUCAGUCUUUGACGAGACUAAUUCAUCACAGACAAUCAUUCUAUUAUCCAAUCAGCUCAAGACCAAACCCCUAUAAAUAGUCAAACAUGUCAUACUUCUGUUUUCUCCUGACUUCAGCGUCCCUCCGCCACCCCAACUCCACACUAUUAAACACCCAAUACCUACUUAAAUCUGAGGGGGGAGCGUUCUGGAGCAAGGCUAGACACUGCGCUCGGACCCAAUCUCUCUCUCUAUCCUGAUAAGGGGAAUAACACGAGUUAGGGUGUCUUCCCGAGCUCAGAGCUCUCUCCCUGGACAGCAUGCCAAAUACACAUAUUCUAUUCAGUCAAAUAUCUAACUCGUCAAGUUAUUUUAAAGACACAGAAAUGACGUCAGAUUUUAUAGCAUCAGGUUUAACUUGCUGACAUUUUUACAGCACACGCGUACAUUAAAAAUAAAUACAGGCCACAA